UUAGAUUCUCUUUCAUUCCAUCUCAUUCUACCGAUCCAAACACACCUUAAAAGUAUUUUGGGCAGUUCUACGCAAAGAUGGAUAAAAAAUACUCAGUUAUAUGAUAAAAAAAAAGAGAAACCCUUCAAUCGGUAGUUCGUAGAGAGAAAGAAGAGAGCUUUUGAUCAAUGGGGGAAAUGGGAGAAUGCUCUGCUUCAUCCAAACCCUCUGAUGAAAUCUGGGCCAAGCUUGUUCAAUCAGACUCAAGAUACUCAGAUGUUGAGAUAAGGUCCGAUGAAGGCGAAAUAUGUUCCGAGAUAUCAGCUACUUCUAGUGACAAACAUAGCUGGUGCAAAAUAGUUAGGAAUUCUGAUCUAUGUUCUGCCACAAUGGAAAAUAAGAGUUCAAAUGCAAUACUUGUUGAUGGGGCUGAGGUAGGCAAUGGUGACACUGUUGUUAUCAAGGAUGGAAGUGAAAUUGUCCCAGGCCCUGAUAGAGAAGGAUUUGUCAGCUACAGAUUCCAUAUCAUGUCUAGCCCAGAAGCCUGCCAGAGGCAGCUAAAGAUAUGUGUAGAUGUCGAGCAUGCAAAGUGUAGUAUUUGCUUAAACAUAUGGCAUGACGUUGUUACUGUUGCUCCAUGCCUUCAUAAUUUUUGCAAUGGUUGCUUCUCAGAGUGGUUACGGAGAUCACAGGAAAAACGUUCGACUGUACUUUGUCCUCAAUGUAGAGCAGUUGUUCAAUUUGUUGGAAAAAACCACUUUCUACGUACCAUUGCGGAGGAUAUGGUAAGAGCUGAUUCUUCCCUAAGACGCUCACCUGAUGAAGUUGCACUUUUAGAUACGUAUGCAUCAGUACGGUCAAACCUUGUCAUUGGAUCUGUGAAGAAGAGCCGAAAGAGGGCCAACACAACACUCGAUGAUCAAAGUGAUGGCACCAAUCAUCAUUGUCCACAGUGUGUGACUGUUGUUGGUGGGUUUCGAUGCAAUCACAACACUGUUCAUCUCCAAUGUCAAGCAUGUGGAGGAAUGAUGCCUUCCCGUAAUGGUUCCAGUGUUCCUCAAUAUUGCUCAGGAUGUGAUAGAUCAUUUUGUGGAGCAUACUGGAAUUCUCUUGGGGUAACUAGGAGUGGCUCUUUUCCUGUUUGUUCCUCGGAUACUUUAAGACCUAUAUCAGAACACACUAUCUCAAGAAUUCCUUUGUUAGCCCACGAAAAUAAUGUGCAUGAACAAAAUAUCACUGAAAGUUGCAUAAGACAAAUGGGGAGGACAUUGCCGGAUGUCAUAUCAGAGUGGAUAGCAAAGCUGAAUAACAAAGAAAUUGAUACAACACGAAUGAUGCUGAAUCAUGCAGAGAUGAUUACUGCUAGGACUUCUGUAUGCAGUGAUUGUUAUCAGAAGUUGGUUUCAUUUCUCUUGUACUGGUUUCGCAUUUCUAUUCCCAAACAUCUUCUCCCACCAGAAGCGUCAACAAGAGAAGAUUGCUGGUAUGGAUAUGCAUGUCGGACACAGCACCGUAGCGAAGAGCAUGCUCUUAAAAGGAAUCAUGUUUGCCGUCCAACCAGAGGUUCUCAAUUCUGAUGUAAAAAUAAAAAUUUCAGAUGUGUUUUCACUAGUCUUUUCUUUCUUCACAAAAACAAAAUAACUUUUGUUUGCUUGGAUUCAUAGCAGUUGGAAAAUGAAAAGUUCAAUAUCUUAAUAA